UAUACCUUUAUUCAUUACCAUCUAAAAGGAUAACAUUUUGUAUGAUUUACAUUUUACUGUCAAUAUUGCAUUAUUCGAAUUACUUAAAUAUUAUUUUCAGUCCAAUAGAUCUCAGUUUAUUGAUUCCCUCUCUAAGCCCAUCUCUCUCUCUCCCUCUCUGUUUCUCGCGGUGGUGUCUCGGAUCAAAGUUUCAAAAGGUUGAGAAUAGGUGUAGCUCAGAACAAUCAAGACAUGGAGGAGGGCACCCUGGAGAUUGGCAUGGAGUAUAGAACUGUUUCUGGAGUUGCCGGACCUCUGGUCAUCCUCGAGAAAGUUAAGGGACCAAAAUAUCAAGAAAUUGUUAAUAUUCGUUUGGGGGAUGGAACAACCAGACGUGGUCAAGUUUUGGAAGUUGAUGGGGAGAAAGCUGUGGUUCAGGUUUUUGAAGGAACAUCUGGAAUUGACAACAAGUUUACGACUGUACAAUUUACAGGAGAGGUUUUGAAAACCCCAGUCUCCUUAGACAUGCUUGGGCGCAUCUUUAAUGGUUCUGGGAAACCAAUUGAUAAUGGUCCUCCCAUAUUGCCUGAGGCAUACUUGGAUAUAUCUGGGAGUUCUAUCAACCCUAGCGAGAGAACUUAUCCUGAAGAAAUGAUACAGACAGGGAUUUCCACAAUUGAUGUCAUGAAUUCUAUUGCUCGAGGACAAAAAAUCCCACUUUUUUCAGCUGCAGGUCUUCCCCAUAAUGAAAUUGCUGCUCAGAUAUGUCGCCAGGCAGGUCUGGUGAAGCGAUUGGAGAAGUCUGACAAUCUUCUGGAGGAUGGCGAGGAGGACAACUUUGCCAUUGUGUUUGCAGCUAUGGGUGUUAAUAUGGAGACUGCACAAUUUUUCAAACGUGAUUUUGAGGAAAAUGGAUCUAUGGAGAGGGUGACCCUGUUUCUGAAUCUGGCAAAUGAUCCUACAAUUGAGCGUAUCAUCACUCCUCGUAUUGCUCUUACAACUGCAGAAUAUUUGGCAUAUGAAUGUGGGAAGCAUGUUCUUGUCAUUCUCACAGAUAUGAGUUCUUAUGCUGAUGCACUUCGUGAGGUAUCUGCUGCCCGAGAGGAAGUUCCUGGAAGGCGUGGUUAUCCUGGGUAUAUGUAUACUGAUUUGGCAACAAUAUAUGAGCGUGCUGGGCGUAUUGAAGGGCGAAAAGGCUCCAUCACACAAAUUCCAAUUUUGACUAUGCCGAAUGAUGAUAUCACUCAUCCCACUCCUGAUCUUACGGGAUACAUCACUGAGGGUCAGAUAUAUAUUGAUAGGCAGCUCCAGAAUAGGCAGAUAUACCCUCCAAUCAAUGUCCUUCCAUCUCUUUCUCGUUUAAUGAAGAGUGCCAUUGGCGAGGGUAUGACUCGCAGGGACCACUCUGAUGUGUCCAACCAGCUGUAUGCAAAUUAUGCGAUUGGAAAAGAUGUCCAGGCGAUGAAAGCUGUCGUAGGAGAAGAAGCUCUGUCCUCGGAAGACUUGCUGUAUUUGGAGUUCUUGGACAAAUUUGAGAGGAAAUUUGUUGCUCAAGGAGCUUAUGACACCCGCAACAUCUUCCAAUCACUUGACUUGGCGUGGACAUUGCUUCGCAUCUUCCCCCGAGAGCUUUUGCACCGCAUACCAGCCAAGACCCUUGACCAGUUCUACAGCCGAGAUUCAGCCACUUAAGUGAAUAAACCUGCCAGUGUACCCUAUACCCUAGUUUUUUUGCUUGCAUGAGUGUUACUAGUUGCUAUUUGCCUGCCUUUCUCCCGGGUUGCAUCUCUCCUACAUUGAGCAUAUAAUAAAGGUUGUUACCCAUUCCAGAAUUCCAUAUUUAGCUUUUUGGCUAGUUAUCGCCGGCAUUCUUUCAGUGAGACUUUAGAUCUUUUUGUAAUUUCAGUAUUAUUUCCUUAAAUUCAUUAAUAUGUGUUACCCAGGAAUGUUACUGUAAUAUGUUUGAUCUCUGAUUUCCGUCAAUAAAACCGAAUAUCCGGUUCCUCCUUUAA